UGUUGUGGUGUUGAGAUGAAGAGAUCGGUGUCAUGACAUGGACUGCUGGAUGCUUCUCGUCUCCCUGGGCUCGAGGAUGACGAGGCUGUCGAGGCUGAGUGUCUAUGCUGCCGUGUACCUGUGCCUGUGCCUGCUCGCCAACGUCGUCCUCGUCAUGGUCUUCGUCAUGAGUCAGCGCUGGGGCGACUCCACUCCGGCCGCGGCGCCCAGGGGGGGUCCUGCGAGCUCCACUCACGAUUGGGAUUUAAAUAAUGCUAGACUUCUAACUUGCAAAGAAAUACAUACCAUAAGAAAUUUAACAGUCAUUGGAUCUGGAUGGACAAAAACAGUUUACAGAGGUUUAUAUGGAAAUAGUGCAGUAGCGUUAAAAACUGUGCAUAGUUCUGGUCACGACAUGACUAGUUGUCAGGAAGAAACUAGUGUCUGCUAUCAUCGUUGUGCCUCAAAGAUAAUCAAGGAGACAGCACUGCUUCGUGAACUUAAACAUCCAAAUGUUUUAAAGGUAUUGGGGGAGUGCUUACCAAAUGAAGAUUAUUCCCCAGGACCUCCUGCAGUAGGAGUUGUUGCAGUGAUAACAGAACUGGGUCAUCCUGUGGACAUGAUUGAAAUAUUGCAGAUGGACUUUGAAAGCCGUUUGAAGCUAGCAUAUGAUGUAGUCAGUAUACUGCAGCAUCUAGUCCACUCUCCCCUCGGCUCUCUAUUAAUGAAGGACUUUCGACGGCAGCAGUUUGUUAUUGUUGGUGACACCCUAAAAUUAUCUGAUGUGGAUGAUAUAGUUCUUGGAGACCCCAAGUGCACUCAUGAUAAGGACUGCAUUCUGGAGAUCAGCAGUGGUAAACAUGUUAAAUCAUAUUUGCCAUGUAGUGCUGGGAAGUGUAAAGGCUACAAUAGCCUGAGUAAUGCAAUUCAAGCUGGGCAACAUUUCAUGCGUCUGCUGAUCCCCUAUGGAAGUCCGAAAGCUUUAGAAAAUACAAGUUCUGAUAUUCUAAACCGUCUUUUGGCUGGAAAUUUAUACUCUGAAGAAGUUUAUUCAGAGAUUCAUCGGUUAGUGAGGAAUUACUCUUCUGGAAAUUAUCUUAAAGAUACUGAGAAGGAUAUGAUUAAAGAUUAUGUUGCAUACCCUGGUGAAACAAUAUCAGAAGGCGACUUUUCAUGUCAGAAGACAGCUGCUUGGGGUUGUAUUCAGUCAGUAUCCUCACCAGCAGAAGGUGCCUGGCUCUGCUCUCAAAUCCCAAAGUGUGAGGCAUUUAUCCUCAUUGAUCAGAGGUCUUGGACAGGCCGUCAGAUUGCAGUCUUUAAGUCAUCACUUAGGAAUAUCAAAGAAAAUAAGGAGCAUACACUUUAUAUCCGUCGAGGGCAGGGCUGAUGAGUAGGCAUGUUGUGAUCUAUAAUUGUAUAGAUAUAAAAAAAAAAAA